AUGCCAGUGGUAGGUCAGCAAAUUUUACCUGUCAAUGAAGAUGUGGACAUUCAUGCCACCUGGGUGAAACAAAUAGGCCAUGAUCGACCUGUGAUCGCCUGCAACUUGACAUGCGGCGACAAAAUUAUUUCAGUCAGAGGCAUGUUGGACACAGGUGCAGAUGUUACAGUCAUUUCAUACCUUUUCUGGCCAAGAGAAUGGACUUUGAGAACACCCUUGGGUACCCUCUCAGGCAUCGGAGGAAACACAUUAUGCCUGCAAAGUGAAAACCCCAUCGUCAUUUCGGGGCCAGGAGGGAAGACAGCCGUCAUUCGUCCCUUCAUUGUGCAGAAGCCCAACACGGUGCGGGACCAAAGUGGAUUCCGGCAAAGCACCGGAAUGGUGCUCGGUAUGGUUUCAUACCGAGUCCAGAAACGAGCAGGUGGUGACCCUGGGAGCACAGAAGCGAGCAUGCAGAUGUGA